UUUGGGCUCCUAGAGGAAAAGCCGGAUCUCGUUUGGCUGCUGCUGCGUUCGACACUUUGACCUUUGGGAAGGAAGCUGACCCGUCUAAACUGGAACCCCGACUGUCAGCGGUUGUCGGAUCAUUUCCUGCUCCUGCAGAUUUAUCAGAUUCAGAAACUAACAACUUUUCCGAAAAGCUUUUACUUUGAAAAUCACAAACUGUGUCUUAAAAACAGGCAUGAGGAGAAGCUCCAAAACAUCUGUCCAUGUUUUCUGUCUCCAGGCGUCUCGGUCCAGUCCGGGGAAAAGUCCAGGUCCAAGACCCGCUGUUCUGUCAGAUCGUCAUGCGCUUAACACGAACUGACGGCUGUAUCUGUCAGAGAAGUAUACUCUGUCAUCACCAUAUGAUUUUAUUUAAUCAGCAACACAGAAUCAUGACAAAGAUCGUCAGACACUUUAUUAACAGUAUUAACAUCCUGACUCAGCGGUUAACUAGUCAGAGCGGUUAACUAGUCAGAGCGUCAUCAAGCAGCAGGGAGGCCAUUUUUACACGGCGUGUUGUAGCUGCAGCUAGUCCCAGCUUUAAAUAGACUUUUAAACCACAACAUCACAUGUACAGUACAUCUGUCCAGUUAUCACUGAAAACAGUUUAUUGACUUAUUUUCAUCAUAAUUUGUAGCGUCGGCUUCUCCUGAUCUACUGGUUUCCUCCAUCUUGGUCCAACGUCUCCGCUCUGGUCUCAUCGGCUCUCCGUCCAGAUGUGGCUCUACCAACCUCAAGCCGGCGGCCAUCUUGUUUCUAGAGAGGAGAGGCUUUCUGUGUGAUGACCUUUAACCUUUAACUUGAUAUCUUGAAGUUUGUGCUGAGCAGCAGCAUUAACAGCAGGAGAUCCUCCUCAGAUAUUUAGAGCUUAAUAAUAUUUUUAUUCCGUUUCUGCUGAGAGCCGGCGGUUCUGAUCGGUUCUGAUCGGUGCUGCUGGGGUGAAACCAGGACAAAUGAGAGAGACGAUCCUCGGCUUCUGGAGUCUGCAGCGUCAGCAUCAUGCUGAGUUUCACAGAGUCAGAGAUCAGAGGCUUCAGGAUCUGGGUCAUGGAUCCAGAGGAUCAGAACCGGCAGAGAUCCAAGCCUCCAUCAGCGCCGGGGGAGCAGGCUCUGAUGGAUGGUUGGAUGCAUUAUGGAUGGAUGCUGGAUGUUGGGUGACAGUUGGAUGUUGUGCUCUGCAGUGACUCAGCCUCAGUCUGUAGGAGUUUCUCUGUUUUUGGGUUUUUCGCACAGAUAGAUGCUAAUCAGCAGACAGGAAGUUGAUCAGCUUUAAUCACCUGAGCGUGCUCAGAGCUGAUGGACGCUCUGAUAGGAGGAAUCUCCCCGAUCGGUUAUCUGAUCCCAGAUCAGAUCUGAUGGUCAUAAAUAAGCUGAUCUGACAGCAGAAGAAUCAGAAGCCGGACCAGAACACAGAGGAGCCGACAUGCUGCUGCUUCGCCGCGCCGCCGACACGCUGCUGGUCCUGUGCAGUGCAUUGUGGGUAAUCUCCGGGCAGCCGGCCUGUGACUCCAUGCUGGUUUUCUCCUCUGACGUUUCUCCGGCUGAAGGAAACGGGAACGUCCACCAGCGCUCGCUGUCGCCGUGGAGCUGGAGGUCCAGCACGGCGAAGAACCGGAUCCCGUCCACCAUCUGGGAGGCCAGCUGCAGCACCAAGUUCUGCUCCGAACUCAAACCGGGUCAGGAGGGAGAACACGACUGGAACUCCGUCCCGAUCCACCAGGACGUUCUGGUUCUGACCCGGAUGGAGGGCAGCCGCUGCUACAACGCCUCCUACCUCUCAGUGGCAGUGGGCUGCACCUGCGUCCGGGCCAGCACCGAGCAGAACUAGAGACCGGAACCAGAACCAGAACCGGACCCGGAACCAGCAUCAGAGCCGAGCAGAACUAGAGACCAGGACCAGAAAUCUAUGGUCCAGUAGUUUGAUGGAAACGGUUCUGGAUCCAGUUUGAUGUUCUGGUUCGACCCAGUUCCUCUGAGGUCCGGUCCUCCUGGUUCCGAUCCGUUCUGUUCAGAACUCUGACGGCUCCUCUUCCUCCUCAGAGCUCUGCGUUUCCAUAGAAACCGAUAUUUUCUGGUUCUGAACAAAUUUAUGAACACGGACUCGGACAGAACCACUGUCUUCCGGCCCGGUUCUGAACCUGAAAUGUUUUUUGUUUAUUUAUUAAACCAGAAAAAUGUUUAUGAUUCGUGUGAAGAGCAGCAGAUAUUUCCAUUCCUGGCUGAACUCGGGUUCUGUUUGCGGUUCUGAUUCUGAAAUGUUCUGUUUAUUUACAUAUUCAUAUUUAUUAAACUGACUAAACUUUCCUUUUGACUCUUUCUGUACAGAAAUGUUGGAAAAUAUAAAGAUUCUGAAUCUUUGGGUUCUAAUCUGGUCCUGGUUCUGGUUCUGGUCCAGCUGAAGUUCUGUUCAAAUGUGGACUGUUUUUUAAUUCUUUAAUUUCAUAUAAAUAAACUGGAACUGAAGAAAUGUGAAUAAAUAAAAUCCAUCCAGUUCUGUUUGUUAGUGUCAGGUUCUGAUCCGGUUCUGGUUCUGAACCCAAACCUUUGGGUUUAUCGGUUAAUUUAAGGUUUUCCUUUUCUCUGAUAUCUUCUGGUUUUACUGACUGGCUGUUGACUGAAUUAUUAUAUUUGUUUCCCGCCAGUUCUGCUCUGAUUAAAAUGUAAUUACAGUAGAACUUUACUAGACAGUAACACUGAACCACCAGCAGGGGGCAGCAAAUCACGCGAGGCUUCAAGCAGCUUCCUUUAAACAGACGAUCGGUUUUCCAGCAGCUUCGCUGCUUUAGUUCAGACUUUAAAGGAAAAAUCUAGAAAACUGGAGAGAAAAUGGAGAUCUACACGUCUAGAGGAAUUCUUCGUAACCUGGAAAACACUCUGCAGCUGUAAACAAGCAGAAUAUUUUUCAUAGAUACAUAAAUUAUUAAUCUCCUGAGAGACAUGCAUGGGCUCAAAGAUGCUGUAAAAUACAACAAAAACAGCAUCAAUCUAAGUAAACAGGAGUUAUGUGAAAACAUUGCAAAGCAUUACGGCAGAACUAUACAAGGUGGUUUGUUUUAUCAAAGUACGGCCGCCAGGGGGCGCUGUGAGGGCGUCAGAAAGUUGGCAGGAAAUGAGAGAUAAAGAAAAGCCAAUGAAUUUUCAAUCUUAAACAUUUUUCUGUUUUUCAAUCACUUUAAAAAUAAAAUCUAAUUUAAAAUCAAUGAUUUACAUAUUAUUUCUCCUCAUUUCCAAAUGGCUGCCAGUCAUGCUAUGCUAGCCUUGGUCCUCAAGCUAGCAUAGCAUAGCGAGACCAAACUGGAAAAACUUUCUGAUAAGAAAAAAGACCAAAUGAGCCUCCGGUGUUAUGGAUUAACUGGUGGCUAAAUUAACUGGUGUAAGAGCGAAAAUAUUCCUUAUAAGGUUGUUUUUUCACUAAGGAAAUCUGGCGCCAAAGAAGGUCGAUUUGACCUGGCUCCCAGUUCCCUGUAUGUGCGAAGCCGAAGUGAGACGGAAAGAAUGUCUGAGAAAUAAACUGUUUGGAUAGAUAAGAAUAAUAAUGGGCUUGUUUUGCACCUUUGAAAUGGAGCAGAUGUUGGAGGUCAAUAGGUCUUAACAUUCCCAAAGAAACUCCAAUACACACUCAUUUGAAAGCUGAUAGAGUUCGUGCGUAAGGACACACGUCAAACAUGGGCAGUAAUGCUAUUGGUCGAAACUUACCAACUUACACCAAUGAAAAUGAGAUUCUAUAAAACAGACUGACUAAGAAUACAAUGAGAUUUUGGGGAGAAUUUUGAGAAUUGACUGUACUGUAAAUUGAUCUGUGGAACAGUGUAAUAAAUCUCCACCCGCCGUGGCCUGCAGUUGAA